AACAACGGGGGGCAGGCGCCCACCUCGGGGGACCGCCAACGCCACAACGACAUCGCUGCCAAGAGCCUGGAGGCCCUUACGAACCUUCACAAGGCUGACAUAGAGCGCCAGCGCGGAGCCUUCAUGGACCUCCAGAAGAAUCAGAAGUACCCGGCCAGCCCCUGUAUGUCUCAGGGCCAGGGCUCACCUAACUGUGGCCGCCAACAGCAGCAACAGCCAAACUACUGGAGUUUCAAGGCCCGCACCCCCCGUGUGAUCCGGCCCAACCCCAACCAGCCGGCUCUAGCCGACCAGGCCAGCAGAGUAUCCUUUGCCUCGGCUGAGAGUCUGGAAACCAUGUCUGAGGCCGAAGUUCCCCUCGGGUUCAACCGCAUGAACCGCCUCCGCCAGAGCCUGCCCCUGGCGCGCUCAUCCAGCCAGGCCAAGCUCCGCGCGCCAGGCAUUCUCUUCCUCCAGCUGGGGGAGGAGAUGAGGAGGGUGCACCUGACCCACGAGCUGACCAGCCUGGAGACCCUGAGGGCCCUCAUCGUCCACAUGUUCCCCCAGAGGCUCACCAUGGCAAUGCUCAGGUGCCCCAGCACGGCCCUGCUCAUCAAGGAUGAGGCCCGUAACGUCUUCUAUGAGCUGGAGGACCCACGAGACGUCCAGGACCGCUGUGUCAUCAAGAUCUACUGCAAGGAGCCUGUCUACGGCAGCUACCCCAGUCACCACAACCCACACCUGGCCAACGGAGACCUCCGGAGGGAUAUGGUGUACACGCCCCAGCAGGAUUCCCCGCCCAACCGUCGCCUCAGCAACGCCCCUGCCUCCUCCGCCUCUGCCCCCUCCGGCUCGCCGUCCCGCAUCCGUCUCCUCUACAGUGGGGGCCGCCCAUCCUCUUACGCUGGGCAACCUCACCCCCAGCAUCAUCCCCAAACCCACUCCCUCCCCCACCCCCACCACUCCUCGCCAGGUGGCCAGAGUGCGGCCCACCACCAGCAUCACCCCCAGCAGCUCCACCACCAGCCCCAGCUACAGCACCACGCCCAGGCAGGUUUCUCCCCCAGUGCCAUACUGGAGCGUAGGGAUGUUAAGCCCGAUGAGGAGGUCCACGGCACUGGCUCCAGGAGCAUAGUGCUCCUGCGGGGCGAUGCAGGGGGGAUCUAUGCCGACCCCUAUUCCCUGGGGCAGGAAGGAGGCCGCCUCAGCCUGGCGGGCCCCCACUCAUCUCUACCCCCGAGAGGGGACGCCUACGGCUCUCUCUACCGGCGCGGAGGAGGCGGAGGGGCCGGAGGAGGGCUGGGACCCGGCUCCGUGCGCUCCCUCACUUCCUACUCGGCGGCGGCUCUGCAAGGAGAGCUGAUGGACAGCGGUGUCCUCUACAGGCCUGGAGGCCCACUGUAUAAUGAUGCAGCCUACGCCGCGUCCAUGUUGGCCAUGGGCUUCCGGGUGCCACCCCCUUCAUCUCCGCAGAAAAUCCCCGACAUGAAGGACUCGUAUUCAGGCACCAUGCCCGGCCGGGGCUCACCUGCGAGGCAGACCCUGCGGAGGGACUCAGUAUCCUCCUCCGUGUUCGGGGAGAGUCCCAAAGCUAGGGGUCAGGGGUCAGGGUUGGGGUCUGAUCAACUGUGCUUAAUGGCUGGACCUGGAGGGGAGAGCGGUGGUUUCAGUUCAGCAGCAGGUUUCAGUUCACCUCUACCAGGCAAUGAGACAGAGACCAGGGGGCGCAUGGAGGCCAUGGAGAAACAGAUAGCCAGUCUGACUGGUCUACUGCAGACUGUUCUGACCAGGGGACCAGAGGCCGAGAGCCCGGACAAGAUUGAGACGGCCAAUGACUGCUCUGAGACAGACACCCUGACACCGUCGGCUCCAUUGGCCCUGAUGCCGCCACCACUAAUAGGGUCCUCCCAGCCACUGACGGUGUCGCGGCUGCAGAUGCAGAUCCACCUGCAUGGCCUGCAGCAGAACACCAGCGAGCUGCGCAAACAACUGUCCCAGCUGCGCAACAUCCAGUUGGAGAACCAGGACUCAGUACAGUCCCUGCUGAGGCAGACCGAGUCGGAGCUGAGCCUUAUGAUGCUGGAAGCCAUGCGGACCCAGGAGGACCCUUUGCAGAGGCAGCGCCUCCUAGUGGAGGAGGAGAGACUCAAGUACCUCAACCAGGAAGAGCUGCUCAUCCAGCAACUGCAUGAUCUGGAGAAGUCAGUAGAGGAACUGCAGAGGAACUCGUCAGUCAACCACGGCCUGGUGACUGAGCAGGAAGUGGAGCAGAAGAGUAUGGAGCUAAGGUCUUUGGGAGAGACCCUCACAGAGCUCAAGCACCAGUUCCCCAGUCUGCAGAGUAAGAUGCGCGUGGUGUUGAGGGUGGAAGUGGAGGCUGUGAAGUUCCUGAAGGAGGAGCCACACAGACUGGACGCACUGCUGAAACGCUGUAACACCAUGACCGACACACUGACCACCCUACGCAGUGUAUUGUAUGCCACCUGUAUGUACAGAAAAGUGACAGAGGGCCUGUGGCAAGGCCAGAAUGACAUCUCCAGCCAGUCAGUCAAGCGAACGGAGCACACAGGAAAGAGUUUGGACCUCGACAUACUGACCAGUCCACCGCUCAGCCUCAAUGACCUGGGUGGCAGUGCCAGCCUUGCCAACUGGAUGCCCGUAUCAGGCAGUGACCCAGAUGCUUCGGUAACUGAGCAGGACCCCCACCCUACGGCCAGCUACAGAAGCCGGGUCCUGGACGAGCUGCCGAGCCGCCGCGGUGCUGGCAAAUCAGUGUCUGCGGAGGUCAGACUGGCUGCGGAGCGGGACUGGGAGGAGAAGCGAGCUAGUCUGACCCAGUUUAGUGCCCAGGACAUCAACCGUCUGCUGGAGGAGACCCAGGCUGAGCUGAUGAAGGCCAUCCCAGACCUAGACUUUGCUGCUAGGCAGAUCAACAAGCCUGCUGUGCCCCCCAAACCCCACCCCAAACCUCAGUUUACCACCCCCAUCACUACCUCCACCACCACCUCCACCACCACCUCCACCACCACUAGCACAAACACCACUACCAGUACUGAGCACCAGCCCAACAUGGUGCAGAUCACUGCCCAGAAGCUGGAGGGGGGCUCACGUUGCGGAUCUGCAGAGCUGACUGUUACCAGGUAUCGCACUGAGAAACCCUCUAAGUCUCCGCCUCCACCCCCUCCUCGCCGCAGCUUCCCAUCAGCCCAUGGGCUCACCACCAACAGCACUGGAGAAGUGAUCGUCACCACCAAGAAGAAGCUGGAGCCAGAAGACGGAGAGGCUCCGAAGACUCUGGUCAAGCUGAGAAGGACACCGUCUGACACCCCCCGCCCCACCUCCACUCCCCCCGUCAUCGCCGCCUCAGCGAUUAAAGAUGAGGACGACGAAGAGAGGAUCAUUGCUGAACUAGAGAUAUUUCAGCGAACCACUGUCAAAGUGUCCCCUCCCCACUCACUGCCCAGCACGCUACCGAGGCCUACCCCUGCAGCCCGUACUCUUCCUUGCGCCUCAGGCUUCCUGGGAAGAAAGAAUGCAAGCAACUCACCAGGGGGAUCCAAGGGACCCCAGUCAACUGUAGCGGCUAGACUGAAGAACCUCCAGCAAGGCAGCCUGGAGAGGCCCAAGACCAGGAAGCAGAGAGAGGACUUCCCCAAGAUCCAGGGCCAGCAGCAGGUCCUCUGCUAUCAUGGUCAGUAUGAGUACUGGGAUAAACACUGAAGGGAAAAUGGUGGACAGCAAGAUUCAGCACAAGAUCCCACUUCUGACACCAAAUGUUGCAAAUUGAACACAUAUUGAUCCUAAAAUCCCACAGUAAACACGAGUACUCUAUCCAUAAUGUGAAAGGUUCUGGACUCAUUAGCACCGUUUUGUACAUUAGCCACCAUUGUCAUCAUUGCCACAGCAAUAUGAAGAUUUCCAUCCCAAGAUUUUAUGCGUUACAAUUUUUUUAUUUUUUUAUUUUACCAUGCCACUAAAUGCAAGUCAGAUAAUCCCACAGAAGGGUUAUGUGCUGUCUGAAACUGCUGGAGGAAAGUGUAAAAAUAUUGCCAUGGAAGCUCUCUGUGCACAAAUAUAUACCACUGGCACAAAAAAUAUACAUAACUGGAGAUAAAACAUCACCCUUGGUAAAUCCUAGACAUUAAUAUUAUUCAUUUUAAAUAUAGAAAUAAGAGCUAAUAUGAAAAUAAAGACCACGCAAUUAACCUCAGAAUAAUCUAAAUCAUAUCAGAGAUAUACUGUAUUGUGAGAAAAUAGUAUACUACCCAAUAGUUAUUGUUUGCAGUGAUUAUAUCAUGUACAUAAUUCAAUCUUCAUCUAUGUUUUAUAUUAUCAAGACUGUAUUUUUAUACUUGAAAAGAGGAUUCAUAACCACAUUUUAGAAAUGUAUUCUGUAAAUGAAUUUGUGUGUGUUUUGUUUUCUAUUGCCAUCAUUUUGGUUCCUUAGUACUUACUUAGGCCAUUGAGCAAAUAGUUUGUAUCAUUUCUUGUCAUAGACUAAUAUGGUUCAUGGCAGGAUGCAAAGAACACAUGCAGUGACAAUUGUGAAAAAUCUGAAACCUUUGGGAGGCUUGUUUGGGAAACAAUAGAAAUCAAUGAUGAAGGGUUGUGAACUACUUAAAGUAGCACUACACUCAGCUUGCACGGAUAGAGGGAACGAAAGAAAUAGAGAGACCCAGAGCACAUUUCCUCAUCCCUCUUUACAAGUACUCACUGGUGACUACCCACAACUGUCUUCCUCUAUCCUAAUCAAAAGUAAACUAUAUCGUACGUACAAUAUGGUUUCUCGAUGAAUGUGUGGUCGUUUAAAGUAGUCUGUGGGUGUUAAAAAUCAUGUAAAUAGACCGAGAAGAUGUUACUUAUAUGGAUUUAUGUGAAUUUCUUUUUGUUGUUGUUGUUGUUGUUGUUGAGAGAAACGUAAUCCAAACAGCAUGCACAUACUGUACAUUCCCGGAAUUUGCACGCUGGGUCAACAAAAGGUUCUGCUACUUCUGUCAAUACCUCUCCUCUGUGUAUAACUGUAAGUGUAUAUUAGAUGAAACAUUGUACAGGAUAAUAGAUUUUGUAUCAUGUGCAACAGGGUCAGUCAAAACAAAUGUCACUGUCAACGUUGAUGUUAAGAAAAAGAUCUGAAAACAUCGUAGAGCAACUACUCUUCCGUUAUUCUGAGAGUGAUUCUCGCUGUGCGUGUGAGAUAAGUGUUGUUUAUGAGUGCUGAAGAAGAAUGACACAGCAAUACGGUAUGCUAAAGACCAACUAACAGUGCAAAUGCUACGCCAAUUCUACAUACUGAAAGAACUGUUGCUGCUUUUUGUGAGAAGAUGAUCAACUAUGGUACUUAACAAAGACUGCUGCUUUUGUACCUCUCUGUUGUGUUUUUGUGACAAUAAAAGUGAACCUCUUAUACAAGAAA